GUCACACCUUGACUUCCGCCGGAAAACGGAACCCUCAUGGAUGGAGUCUGCUAAUCACUGAGGUCAACACAAGACGAGAGGACGUCUCUUUGAUUUGGUGGGCCAUGGGCUUCAUACCGGACGAGGGCAAGGGGCUCCCUCCGCCCGGCAUCGUCAACCGGAAUUCCUUGUGGCUGGCCGGCGUGGGCUGGUGCACCGCCAUGCUCCAAAACGGCCUUAACCACCGGCCGCCGCUAAAAUCAGGAGCUCAUCGUCAAGUCCUGAUGGCGACUAUCGGCUGGUUCAUCGGCUACCACGUGACAAAAUAUGAAAAUUACGUGCACGCCAAAUUGGACCGAGACAUGAGGGAGUACAUGAAACUGCAUCCAGACGACUUUGCCCCCAAGGAAAAGAAGACUUUUGCUGAGAUUGUGGAGCCUUUCAUUCCUGUGCGCUGAGAUGGCUGUCCUAUCACACCUGUCCAAUAUUCUGUACAUAAUUCAAUAAAAUUAACCACAACAUCA